AUGGAGUAUCAAGAGUUUGUAGCGAGAUUAGAAGAACUUCUUAACCAAUUGGUCUCUGGAGAUACUGAUACUGCAAGAAUAAGAACGGCUACUUCUACUUUGAAUAACAAUUUUUACAGCUCUGUUAAUUGUGUUGCUGCGCUUGUGCAAAUUUUAUCGUCUUCUACACAUUGGCAGGUACGACAACUUGCAGCUGUUGAAUUAAGAAAAAGGUCAACAAAAUGGUGGUCCAAGAUUGAUUUAAAUACGCAAACAGCUAUUAAGAACCAAUUACUCGAAGUUAUUUUACGGGAACCGCAUGAGCUUGUACGACAUGCUACUGCACGUGUAAUCUCAUCUGUUGCUAAAAUCGAAAUCCCAGUUGGCGCGUGGAAUGAUCUACUUCAAUUUCUAUAUCAAUGCUGUCAAAGUCCUGAUGCUGGACACCGGGAGAUUGGAAUAUUUGUUCUGUAUACUUUAUUUGAGGUGAUUAUAGAAGCAUUUCAAGAUAAUUUAAGGCAACUCUUCGAGUUGUUUGGCAAAGCUCUUAACGAUCCGGAAAGUAAAGUUGUGCGCGUAACUACAUUGCAAGCUCUGGGGAAAGUCGCUGAAAUUAUUGAAGCUGAUAAUAAAGAAGAAAUACAAUUAUUUCGUGAUUUGAUCCCCUCAAUGGUCAAUGUAAUUCAACAAUGUUUAGAAGCAGGCGAUAAUGAUUCGGCCAUCAAAGGAUUCGAAUUAUUUGAUGGACUGUUAUUAUUGGAAACACCACUUUUAUCUGAUCAUCUACAACAGCUUAUUGAAUUUGUUUUAAUAGUAUCACGUAACAAUAAACAUGACGAUUCAGUUCGCGUGAUGUCUUUGCAAUUUCUUAUUUGGGUUAUUACUUAUAAGAAAUCAAAAGUUCAAAGGUUAAAACUUGUGGGUCCAAUCAUUCACCAAUUGAUGCCAAUUGGAGCUGAAGAUGAUCCUGAUGAUCAAGAUGACGAAUCACCUUCCAGAAUGGCUUUUAGAGUUAUCAAUUCUUUGUCCACCAAGUUACCGCCCCAACAAGUCUUUCCAGUUGUAAUGGAAAACGUAGUGACGUAUGUUCAAAGUCAUGAUCCGAAAUUCAGAAAAGCCGGAAUGAUGGCUUUUGCGGUUCUCAUUGAAGGAUGUGCUGAUUAUAUGCGUCCGAAAUUUAAUGACUUGUUACCUCUCGUAUGUAAUGGCUUGCGUGAUCCGGAAACGAUCGUUCGUAGAGGUGCAUGUAUUGCACUAGGGUGUUUAGCAGAGGAAUUGGAUCAAGAGAUAGCGGCAAAUCAUGCUACAUUACUACCUUUGCUAUUUGAUCUUAUGAAUGACCCGAACACUGAAAUUCCAAAGCAAGCAUGUAACGCACUUGAUGCUAUUUUGGAAGGAUUGGAUAAUGAAAUUUUGCUUUACUUGCCUACUCUGAUGGAAAGGCUGUUGCUGUUAUUGGAUAAUGGUCCCAAUGAAGUAAAGGACACGGUUACAGCAGCUAUUGGGAGCGCAGCUCAUGCUGCUGGCAGCGAAUUUAACAAAUAUUUUCCUGCAGUAAUUAGCAGAUUACUAAUGCUAAUGACAUUGAGCAAGAACAAUGAGGAUGUACUUUUACGAGGAAUAGCCACAGACACCGUAGGUUCAGUUGCCGAAGCGGUUGGCAAGGAAUUAAUUCAGCCACAUGUCAAUGACAUUAUGCGAUUAGCAAUUGAGGGCACAAGUCUAGAUAACGCCCGUCUUCGCGAAUGUAGUUAUUGCUUGUUUGCCGUAAUGGCACGUGUGUUUAAGGAAGAAUUCAGUGUCUAUUUAGGCACGAUUAUGCCUCAAUUAUUAAAAAGUUGUCAAAUGGAAGAAUUUGACCCAUUUACACUUGAUGAAAUAGCAGCUGAUGUCAUUGGGGAGAUCUUCGCAAAUACAAGAUCUAAUUUCCUUUCAUACGUUGAAGCAUCAAUAUCAGAAUUGGUGAAACUAUCAAAUCAUCAUUCAGAGGGAGUGCGAAAAUCAGUAAUAUCAUCUUUAUUCAGCUUUCUGAUAACUUUUUACAGUAUGUCGAAUCCAACUCAGUGGGAAGCGGGUUUACCUGUGAAAGUACCUGUACAUGAAAAUGUUCAAAAUAUGAUAAAAACUGCAAUGCCAGUGAUAUUAUCAAUAAUGAACGACGAAGAAAGCAAAAUUGUAAUGGUACAAUUAUGUCAAGAAUUUAUUGAGGCGCUCAAGCAAUGCGGACCCGCAAUUAUUGCAGAUCACAUUGAUCAAAUUGCUCAAAAUAUACUCAAUAUUUAUGAGAAAAAAUCCGCAUCAGAUCUUGUUUCCGCGUUGGCAUUAGUUCUUGGUCCCGGUUUCGCUUCUUAUUUCAAAGUUUAUCUCCCACAUAUAACUAAAUAUUACAAAAAAUCAAAACCGAUAUCUGAUAGAUCCAUGGCUAUCGGAUGCUUAGGUGAAUCCACUGUUGGCCUAAAAUCUGGCAUAUCGGAAUUCUCUGAACAACUAUUGUCAUUGUAUCUUAAAGCCUUGGGCGAUGAAGAGGAAGAAGUAAGAAGUAAUUCCGCCUUCGCGAUUGGCGUCCUUUGUGAACAUACCACAAUAGAUAUUAGCAGCCAAUAUAACGUAAUUCUCUCACGACUCCAUCCGCUGUUUACCGGGAAACCGGAAUUGAACGUUACCGAUAACGCGUGUGGAGCAGUAUGUCGAAUGAUAAUAAAAUGUCCUCAAGUCAUUCCGAUCGAUCAGGUGUUAGAAGUAAUUAUGCAUACCUUACCAUUAAAGCAAGAUUAUGAGGAGAACGAACCGGUUUUUAAAUGCAUAUUUUACCUUUUCCGUGCAAAUAAUUCUUAUGUGUUGAAUCACAUUCCAGAAUUUUUAAAAAUAUUUGCUCAAGUUCUUUCACCGCCUGAAGACCAAUUAAAGGAUCAUACACGUCAGGAAUUAACAGACCUCAUCAAGGCCCUUAAUCAACAAUUUCCUGAUGUAGUUGCUAGAUCACCGCUAGGACCAUUUUUACAAACAUAA